AAGAACUCCUCCAAGAACCCUCCUCCUCCUCCUCCAAUGGCGAUCACCAUCUCCCUCUCUCUUCUCCUCCUCCUCAUCUUUCUCUCCACAUUCUCAUCCAUUUCCUACUCUCAAUACCCUCCGUCCAUCGCUGGCAACUGGAAGCUACUCCAGUCAAGCCUCGGCAUCUCAGCCAUGCACAUGCAGGUCCUCCCCGGCGACAAGCUCCUCGUUUUUGACCGCACCGACUUCGGCCCUUCCAACAUCUCCUUACCCGCCGGCCACUGCCGGCAAGACCCUUCCGACCUCGCUCUCACCACCGACUGCACCGCUCACUCCAUCCUCCUCGACCUCCCUUCCCUUUCUCUCCGUCCUCUCUCCAUCCUCACCGACACCUGGUGCUCCUCCGGCUCCCUCCUCCCCAACUCCUCCUUCUUCCAGUCCGGUGGCUUCAACGACGGCGAUCACACCAUCCGUCUCUUCACCUCCGACUCCGACUGGUCCGAAACCUCCUCCUAUCUCUCCGCCCGCCGCUGGUACUCCACCAAUCAACUCCUCCCUGACGGCCGAGUCAUCAUCAUCGGCGGCCGCCGCCAGUUCAACUACGAGUUCUUCCCUAAAGAUCACAUCCGGCCAUUAACGUCCUUCCCUUUCUUGGACGAGACCCGCGACGGCGACGCCGAGAACAACCUCUAUCCUUUCGUCCAUCUCCUCCCGGACGGCACUCUCUUCGUCUUCGCCAACACGCGCGUUGUCCUCCUCGACCUCUCCCACAAUGGUUACCCUCUCCGUCACCUUCCGGCGAUCCCCGACGCCGUGCCAAGAAACUACCCAAGCUCCGGCUCAUCCGUCUUGCUCCCUCUCCGUCCACCCUCUCACUCCCCGGAGAUCCUCAUCUGCGGCGGCGCUCCUCGUGGGUCCUUCCAAGCAGCGCUGAACGGCACGUUCUAUCCGGCGGCGCGCACGUGCGGGAGGAUCUAUCCGCUGGACCAGAACCCCACGUGGGCUAUGGAGGAAAUGCCGACCGCACGUGUGAUGGGCGACAUGGUUGUCCUUCCGACAGGCGAUGUGCUCUUGGUGAACGGCGCGGCGGCGGGGACGGCCGGGUGGGAGCUGGCUAGAGACCCGGUCACCGUCCCGGUUCUUUACAACCCAAACAAACCGGCCGGAAACCGGUUCGGGCUCAUGAACCGGUCUCCGAUACCGAGGCUGUAUCACUCGUCGGCGGUUCUGGACGCGUACGGACGGGUGCUCGUCGGCGGGAGCAACCCGCACGUGUGCUAUAACUUCACCAACGUGAUGUUCCCGACGGAGUUGAGCUUGGAGGCGUUUCACCCGCCGUAUUUGAGUGCGAGUCUUGAUGGUCUCCGGCCGGAGGUGGUUGCAGUGUGGGCCGGAGAAAGGGGAGGGGGGUCCGGCCAGGUUCCGGCGACGGUGGUGGGGUAUGGGGAGGAGAUGGGGGUGAGGUUUACGGUGAAGGGGAGGAAGGUGGGAGGAGAAGUAGUGGAGGUGGUGGUGGUGGUGCCGGCGUUUGGUACGCACUCGUUUGGGAUGAACCAAAGAGUGGUGGUGUUGGAAGGAGGAAGGGAUGAGCAGGUGGCGCCGUACGUUUAUGAGGUGAUGGUUAAAGCGCCGCCAUCGCCGGAGGUGGCGCCGCCGGGGUACUACAUGAUGUUUGUAUUACAUGCAGGGGUUCCUGGACGUGGACUUUGGGUCAAGAUCCAGCGCAGAGAUGUGAUCACGUGAAGUUGUCUUUUUUUUUUUGAUGUUCCCGUGAUGGAUGUGAGUGGAUAAAAGAGUUUGGUUUUUCUGGUUUUUAGAAUGGGUUUGAGUGAUGAGUUGGUGGAGGAGUAUAUACUAUAUAGGACGACUGAAUGAUUGGUAUGGAGAGAGAGUCCAUUAUUAAGGACAUUGGGUAAUGUUUGAGGUUGUAUUUUGAUAGUCUGGAUGUUCAUAAAGGCAUUUAAGAUAAUGCCAAUGUUUUUGGCGAAAAAUCAAAGCAUUCAUCAUAUUUUUUGGGAUAUUUAAUGGGAAUGUUUUCAAUU